UUGCUGUUGUUUUGGUGUUUUCUACAGGCUGUGGAGUGGGAGUGUGAUGACGCUACCAAGAAGGCCUGUUACAGCAAGGGCAAAUCACAGGAGGAAUGUCAGAACUACAUCCGGGUGCUCUUGGUGGGAGGCAACCGGCUGUUCACGUGUGGGACCAACGCCUUCACGCCUGUGUGCACCAACCGCUCGUUGAGUAACCUCACCGAGAUCCAUGAUCAGAUCAGCGGCAUGGCCCGCUGUCCCUACAGUCCCCAGCACAAUUCCACGGCUCUCCUCACGGCCGGCGGGGAGCUCUACGCAGCUACAGCCAUGGAUUUCCCGGGACGUGAUCCUGCCAUUUACCGAAGUCUGGGCAUCUUACCUCCUCUCCGCACUGCGCAGUACAAUUCCAAAUGGCUCAACGGUAAGCCUUCCAGGAACUCCCAGUUUCCUGUCUCCUUUGUCUGUGAUGCCUAGUCAUUUGG